AGCCCGGGCCGGGCCAUGGCCCAGGCCUGCGGGGCGCGGCACCUCGGGGCCCCCGGCCCCCGCCUCUAGCGCCCCCCGCCCCGCGCACGCGUGGGAAAGUUGGCCGGGAACCGGCCCGACCAGUUCCGCCCGGCUCCGCGGACCGGCCGCAGGAAGUUGCUGCAAAACUUUGUUUUCGGGGGGGGGGGGUGCGGCGGGCGCCCCCCGAGCCGCGCCCGGCCCGGAUGCGCGCGGGCUGAGUGCGCCCCGGGCCGCGAGGGGGGGUUCCGGUGAGGCCGGCGCGGGGAGGGGGCGCCCCGGCGCCGCGCCCCCGGGGCUAUGGCCAUGGUGACCGGCGGCUGGGGCGGCCCCGGCGGCGGCGGCGGCGCCAACGGCGUGGACAAGGCGGGCGGCUACCCGCGCGCGGCGGCCGAGGACGACUCGGCCUCGCCGCCCGGGGCGGCCAGCGACGCGGAGCCCGGCGACGAGGAGCGGCCGGGGCUGCAGGUGGACUGCGUGGUGUGCGGGGACAAGUCGAGCGGGAAGCACUACGGCGUCUUCACCUGCGAGGGCUGCAAGAGCUUCUUCAAGCGCAGCAUCCGCCGCAACCUCAGCUACACCUGCCGGUCCAACCGGGACUGCCAGAUCGACCAGCACCACCGGAACCAGUGCCAGUACUGCCGCCUUAAGAAGUGCUUCCGGGUGGGCAUGCGGAAGGAGGCCGUGCAGCGCGGCCGCAUCCCGCACUCGCUGCCCGGCGCGGCGGCGGCGGCGGGCGCGGCGGCCGGCAGCCCCCCGGGCGCGGCGCUGGGCGCGGGCGCGGCCGAGCUCUUCCCCGGGCAGCCGGUGUCGGAGCUGAUCGCGCAGCUGCUGCGCGCCGAGCCGUACCCCGCGGCGGCCGGGCGCUUCGGCGCGGGCGGCGGCGCCGUGCUGGGCAUCGACAACGUGUGCGAGCUGGCGGCGCGGCUGCUCUUCAGCACCGUGGAGUGGGCGCGCCACGCGCCCUUCUUCCCCGAGCUGCCCGUGGCCGACCAGGUGGCGCUGCUGCGCCUCAGCUGGAGCGAGCUCUUCGUGCUGAACGCGGCGCAGGCCGCGCUGCCGCUGCACACGGCGCCGCUGCUGGCCGCCGCGGGGCUGCACGCCGCGCCCAUGGCCGCCGAGCGCGCCGUGGCCUUCAUGGACCAGGUGCGCGCCUUCCAGGAGCAGGUGGACAAGCUGGGCCGCCUGCAGGUGGACUCGGCCGAGUACGGCUGCCUCAAGGCCAUCGCGCUCUUCACGCCCGACGCCUGCGGCCUGUCGGACCCCGCGCACGUGGAGAGCCUGCAGGAGAAGGCGCAGGUGGCGCUGACCGAGUACGUGCGCGCCCAGUACCCGUCGCAGCCGCAGCGCUUCGGGCGGCUGCUGCUGCGCCUGCCGGCCCUGCGCGCCGUGCCCGCCGCGCUCAUCUCGCAGCUCUUCUUCAUGCGCCUGGUGGGCAAGACGCCCAUCGAGACGCUCAUCCGGGACAUGCUGCUGUCGGGCAGCACCUUCAGCUGGCCCUACGGCGCGGGCUCGGCGCAGUGACGCGCCGCCCGGACUCGUUUUCUAAGGACUGUGAAGUGUUUGUCUUUUCUGUUUUCUAAAUGAUCUCCAAACCAAAAAGCCGGGCGUGGCCCCGGCGCCCGGACCCGGGACCCCGGGUCGGAUCAAGCCAAUAAUAAAGCGUUUCCUACCCGC